GUCAGUAGUUCCGGUCAUAAAAUCAAAAUGGCGGCGUCCGAGGAUGACAACGUUUUGGUGGACAGUGAUUUGCCUGCUGCUGUGAAACUAUUCAACAACCUCACAGAACAAAUUGUUUCAGUAACAAGUCAUGUCCAGAACCUGAUCAAGAAAGUGAAGGACAAGGCAUAUCGGACGUCAAAGGGGUUGUCCUACCUUGACGUAAGGUACCAAUUGCUGCUCUUUUACCUGCAAGAUGUAACCCAUCUGAUCAGUCUGAAGACGGAGGGACAGAGUUUGAAAGACAGUGAAGCAAUCCACAGACUUGUUACUGUCAGAACAAUACUGGAGAAGAUGCGACCACUGGACCAGAAGCUGAAGUAUCAGAUCGAUAAACUGGUCCGAACAGCAGUGACAGGAAGUCUUGCCAAAAAUGACCCGUUGCAUUUUCGCCCUAAUCCUGAGAAUCUUGUCAGCAAACUGAGUGAGUCGGAGGGCUCUGAUGUGGAAGGCGGUGGCACCAAGGAUGGAGACGGGACCAAGACAGACGGGGCUUCUGACAAGAAAUACGUACCCCCACGAAUUGCUCCAAUGCAUUACGACGGCGACCUGACGGAGGCGGACAGGCAGAAGGUGGCGGUGGAUAAGCACCGGCGCGCUGCGCUGCGCAGCUCCGUCAUCCAGGAACUGCGGCAGCAGUACAGCGACGCUCCGGAGGAGAUCCGAGACCGCCAGGACUUCCAGACCGAACGGCAGAGUCGGGAAGAGCAACACAGGAAAAGCUAUGAGGAAACCAUGAUGGUUCGUCUGCACAUGACCCGAGACCAGAAGGUCCAGAAGAGAGGACUGGUGGGAAUGACGACCCAGCUGAACAACAUCACACGCUUCGGGGACAUCUCAGGCCUGAUGGGCGAGGAGGCACAGGAGAUGCAGUCAUCAAAACCCAAAAAGAAGAAGCUGAUGAAGAAGAAGACAAAAAGAAAGGCUUUCAAGAAGGGUCGAUAAUCAGCUGAUGGAGACCAGACAGCUGCUGAAGCAUCACAACAAACCAACUGUUUCAUUGUUUAUUUCUACUUUGUGACAAUUAUUUCUUGCCGUACUGUUUUCAUUUUGAAAAAUAAAUGACUGAAAGAAGUUAAAAUCA